CUUUGAAGGCGGGAUUUUUAUGUACUGUUAGCGGAUGUUUUCCGUCCAUUUCCGGUUAGCUCAGCUAACGCUAGCGGUUUGGGGAAAUCCACAAACUUGUGACAAUGACCAAGCAAGAAUAGCUGCUUGGGCUGCCUGAAAAUGAGAGCCGUAUUCUUUAUUGCCUUUCUGGCUCCCUGUUUAGUCGACGGUGCCGUUCAAUCAAGAGCUGACAAUGAGGAGAGCCUUGAGGAAAACCCGGAGUUUGAUUCUCUGAAAUCCAUUCUGGUAGAUUUUGAGGUGCUGCCAUUAUCAGGCCUCCAGCUGCACUCUGUGAGGAAGAGGGACGUCCACACCCAGUCCCACCUGGAGCGCCUGGUGAGCUUCAGAGCCCUGCACAGGAAUUUCAAGCUUUACCUGACCACCAACACAGACCUUUUUACUGACAACUUCAAAGUUGUGUUUGUCGAUAAAAAUGGGAGGGAGGAGAACUACGAUGUUCAUCUUCAGAAGUAUUUCACUGGACAUGUUGUUGGAGAUGAGAAUUCACGUGUGCAGGCACACAUAGAUGGAGAUGAGUUUUCUGCUCACAUACUAACCGAUGAAGCAGAGUACAAUGUUGAGCCCCUGUGGAGGUUUACGGAUUCUCCAGCUGAUGGCAGGUUGCUCGUUUAUCGCUCCGAUGACAUCAAGAAUCUGAGCCGCAUCGUCUCUCCCAAAGUGUGCGGUUACAUCCAUGCAAAGGCCAGUGACCUUUUGCCGCAGACUGCCAGGAGGGUCUGGGAUGGGCCAGAGGAAGUGAACCAGGAAAAGGAGUACCACCACAGAGAGAAGAGACAGGCCCACGACCACAAGAAGAAUACCUGCCCCUUGCUGCUGGUUGCUGAUUACCGCUUCUUUAAACACAUGGGCCGUGGACAAGAGAGCAUCACUCUCAACUACCUGAUUGAGCUGAUUGAUCGAGUUGAUGACAUUUAUAGAAACACAACCUGGGAUGAUGAAUUCAAAGGCUACGGGGUUCAGAUUCAUCAGAUCAUCAUCAACAAGGAGCCUACAAAGCCUCCCAAUGGCAAUUCUGGCACCAACUGGCUCCAUUAUAACAUGGAGAACAGCCCUGUGAAAGGAAAAGAUGUCUGGGACGUGAAGAAACUUCUCGAGCAAUUCAGCUCAGACAUAGCUGACAAUGCCUCCACCGUGUGUCUGGCCCACCUGUUUACCUACCAGGAUUUUGAUGAGGGCACACUGGGCCUGGCCUAUGUGGCCCCCUCCAAACAUAAUGCCCUGGGUGGCCUCUGCCCAAAAGCUUACUACCCAUCUCAAUCUGUGAAGAAGCCCAGUUACCUCAACACAGGCUUGACCAGCACCAAGAACUAUGGCAAAACCAUCCUCACAAAGGAGGCAGAUUUGGUAACCACUCAUGAGCUGGGCCAUAACUUUGGAGCAGAGCACGACCCUGACAACAUCCCUUAUUGUGCUCCCAGUGAUGACCAGGGAGGGAAGUUUGUCAUGUACCCUAUUGCUGUGAGCGGAGACCACGUCAACAACAAGCGUUUCUCCAACUGUAGCAAGAUCUCCGUAGGAAAGACGUUACGCUUCAAAGCUCCCAUAUGCUUCAAGGAGAGGAACAGUAAGGUAUGUGGGAACUCCAGAGUGGAGGAUGGGGAGGAGUGUGACCCCGGACUACUUCAUCUCAAUGAUGAUCCCUGCUGCUCGUCCGACUGCAAGUUCCAACGUAGUGCACAGUGCAGUGACAGAAACAGCCCUUGUUGUAGGAACUGCAAGUUUGAGCAAGCAGGAAGAAGGUGCCAGGAACCAAUUAGUGCUACCUGUAAAGGCACAUCUUACUGCACAGGCAACAGCAGUGAAUGUCCACCUCCAGAAAAUGCACCUGACAACACCGUGUGUGUUGACAAUGGCCGAUGUCGCAAAGGAGAGUGCAACCCAUUCUGUGAGGCCAUGCAGAAACUUCAAUCCUGCGCCUGUAAUGAAACUGAGAACUCCUGUAAAGUGUGCUGCAGGGGAAAAGACGGCAGAUGCGCUCCCUUUGUCCAGAUCAAUGGGAGUUUGCUUUACCUUCGUAAAGGAAAACCCUGCACAGUGGGCUUUUGUGAUGGGGGCGGAAAGUGCAUGAAGCAGGUACAGGAUGUGAUUGAGAGGUUGUGGGAUUUUAUCGACAAGCUGGACAUUAAUACAUUUGGGAAGUUCCUGGCUGAUAACAUAGUGGGCUCAGUUGUGGUGUUCUCCCUCAUCUUCUGGAUUCCUCUCAGUAUCUUGGUUCACUGUGUGGACCAACGACUUGACCAACAGUAUGAGGAGAACACAAAGUCCUUUUAUCACCCGCCCAGUCAGAUGGUGGAAGUUUUUAAUAGAGUUCCCGCCAUAGAGUCAAGAAAUCCUGAGCAACCUCGAGUCAACGUCCGUGCGCAUCGUCAAGCCUCCCUCCUUCUUCGCCGGCCGGACCGCGCCCUCCUCCUUGCCUCAGCAGCUGAGCGAGGUCGGGGCCCCUCCCACAACCAGCAGCAGCACCCUGGCCCCCAGCCUGAACUGCGGCCUCACCCCGGACAGCGCAGGGGGCUUGCGGAUGGCCACCAUCCAGGAGGACCCCAGCAGCGACUCGCACCUGGGAGAGGACGAUUUCACAACCGCAGGAGCCUGCUCGUCGGCUACGAAAUCCUCUUACGAGGAUCUGACAGAACAGAAUCCGCCAGCCAGGGACCGGCGGCGCCUCAAGAGGCAGGACCGCAUUGACAGCAAAGAGACAGAGUGCUGAGUAAAA